GCUGGCCUUCAGGUGUCUGCCUGUCACCUGUCCUGCCAGCUGGAAAAUCAGGUCUUCCUCGUCCCUGUGUCUCUUUCCUGGAGGCUGCCCCCAUUCCCAGGGACAAUUGUCCCUCUCAGCCUUGGUGUUUGGCUAAGAAUUUCACGGCCACUUUCUGCUCCCCUCCCAUCACUUUUCAUGGCCAUGUCCUAGUUGGGCCUCAGCUUGUAUGUCCUCCCCUUUGGGAGGCAUGAGGCCAGCAUGGGGCUCACAGACCCUGGGGUGUGGAGGAAGAAGCUCCCUCUGCCUGCUGGGCUUCUUGCCGUGGCGUUGGAAGUUGGCAGUGAUGCGUCGGCAUCUCCUCCGCUGUCUCUCUGCAGCUGCUCUGCUCCUUGUCACCAUGGCUUUCCUCUCCAUGAGGCACCGUGGCACUCAGGAGUUGGUCCGCUACCAAGGGGUUGGUGAUGGGACAUCGGAUAUCCUGGAGCACCAGGCUAAAAUGUCCCCAGCGGAUGUGCUGGGAGACAGCAGCAGGAGACAGGAGCUGAAAGAGCCACCAGGCCCUUCCAAGGUGGGCUCUAGUGUGCGGAGAGGCCUGGAGCUUGGAGAGGUUUUCAUUGCUGUGAAGACAACCAAGAUGUUCCACCAGACCAGGCUGGAGCUGCUGCUGGACACUUGGAUAUCCAAGGCAAAAGAGCAGACCUACGUCUUUACUGACGAAGAAGACGAAGCCCUGCAGAAGAGAAUGGGUGACCAUGUGGUAUUCACAAACUGCUCCGCAGAGCAUAGCCACCCAGCCCUCUCCUGCAAGAUGGCAGCCGAGUUCAAUGCGUUCUUGGCCAGCGGCCUGAGCUGGUUUUGCCACUUGGAUGAUGAUAACUACCUAAACCCACAGGCCCUCUUGAAGCUCUUGUCUUCCUACUCUCCAGCCCAGGAUGUUUACAUUGGGAAGCCCAGCCUGAACCGGCCCAUCCACGCCUCCGAAACAAUGCCCAACAAUCAGACGAGGUCCGUGCGCUUCUGGUUCGCUACUGGAGGGGCGGGAUUCUGCAUCAGCCGCAGGCUGGCUGUCAAGAUGGCACCUUGGGCCAGUGGCAGUAACUUCCUGAGCACCUCAGAGCUCAUCCGCCUCCCGGAUGACUGCACCGUGGGCUACAUCGUGGAGUGCAAACUGGGCGGGCGUCUACUCCCCAACACGCUCUUCCACUCUCACCUGGAGAACCUGCAGCUGAUCUCCAGGCCCCAGCUCCCGCAGCAGGUCACCCUCAGCUAUGGUGUCUUUGAGAAGAAACUCAACACUGUUGAGCUGGCUGGCCCCUUCUCCCAGCAGGAUGACCCCUCCAGGUUCCAAUCCCUUCACUGCCUUCUCUACCCGGACACUUCCUGGUGCCCGCGGCCUGUCUGA